AUGGUAACAAUAAUUGCAUUGCUCGUUAUUAGCUUGAUAUCAGCGCUCUCGUCAAAAGCAUUCUACUGUGAUUUUGAAAAGCCGUGUGAAGAUUUCGUAUUUGAUUCUCAUUGGACCGUUCAGAAGGUAUCAUCACACAUUGAUCAUACAUAUCAAAAUCUUUCUGGUCAUUACAUAACUUAUACAAACACUUCAGUAUCACAACCUUUAACUAUUGUUCGCACACAAUCAAUAGAAUUAGGACCUAAUGAAACAGUAUGUAUCACGCCUUGGAUGUGGUCCAUCAAAAAUGGUGAAGUAAAUUUUCAUAUAAAUUAUGCUCAAGGUGAUGAUCUACAAUCUCAAACUCAAGGGUAUCAUUUUAGAUUCCCUUUAUCUGACUCAGAUUGGACUGGCGGGAAUAUAGGAAUACCAUAUACUCUUUCCGAUCAUUUUUAUCUUUUAUUUAAAUUUAUCAGUAUGACGAGUCCAUUAGAUAUCGAUGAUUUGUCGGUUUCAAUAUGCACUAGUUCACAAUCUAGACCACCACCAACAACAGUUUUCGAUUGUGAUUUUGAUAAAACUGUAUGUCCUGAGUUUGAGUCACUUUCCAACUAUUCUUAUACUUGGUCGACAAUCGAAGCAGAAGAAGCACAAAAUUACACUGCAACAGCUCCAUCGAUUGACUAUUCAAUUGGAAAUAAAACAGGUCAUUAUAUCUGGCUCAACAAUUCAGAUUCGUUGCAAUUUGGUGGUGUUGGAUAUGUAAAGACACCUAUCUUUCGUUUUACACAAUCUGAUCCUGCAUUCUGUCUAAACUUCCAGUAUUAUGCAUUUGAAGCUACUGUUCAACUAAGUAAACUUUCAGUACUAGCUUUAAGUGAAGGAAAUGAAAUGUCCGUUCAACAAGUUUGGCCUAUUAAUCCGAUUAAUUAUAUAUAUGCCACUAAUCGAUGGUCUUGGGCAUUUGCUCCAUUACCCUUGGGGAACUUCUCUCUCCUAUUUCGUAUGGACUCACAGUAUGAGGUAGGCGGUUCAUUUGCGAUUGAUUCAAUCUCGAUUAGUUCUUGUGAUUAUACUCGAAACUGGUUUUCUCCUACUUCACGCCUUAAAUUCACUUGUGACUUUGAUUCUUCGUCAGAUUCUUCAUGUGGCAUACAAAAUGAUUACACAGGUUUUUCCCCACAAUCUCUUAUCAAUACUACCACACAAUCACCAAACACGAUUAGUGAUCGAGAACUUGGUCCAAGACAAGCAAGUGGUUGGAGUGGUAAUCAAUUUCUUUAUUGGUCACGUUCUAAAAAUACAUCAACAAAUUUAACUACCGGAUACUUUAAAACACCUUUUAUCGAAACAAAUAGAGAUAUGUGUAUUCGAUUUUCUUAUUUUGUUAAUUCGAUUGGUGUUCAACCAAAUGAAAAAAAUACCAAAAUAGAUAUUGCAGCUAAUGGUUGUACGGUUUCAACUGUUUGGUCUAAUGAAUUAGAUGACAGUUUUGGAUGGCAAUUAGUUGAACAACGUUUACCUGAUUGUGCUUGGACAGAAUCAAUUUAUUUUCGAAUUACCCAAAAGCGUCCGACACGAGUAGCUGUUGCUUUUGAUGAUAUUAGUAUUGCACAAUGUGGUGCAAUAGAUGUGUUGACUACUACACCAUCACCAAGUACUACACCUUUAAACAAAAGCUCAUCGAAUUACAUCAGUGUCAUCCUCUUGAUUACUAUUUUAUUACGUAUUUUGAAUAUGCAUUUUGGAUACUAUAAUUGA